AUGAUACUCAAACCCCUCAAACUUGCUGUUGUGGCUGCAUUAGUUACUGGCUCUACCGCUAGUGCUGGAGAAGCUGAUAUUUACGACUACGUUAUCGUGGGCUCUGGCCCUGGAGGUGGCUCCCUUGCCGCCAAUCUGGCAAGCGAGGGACACUCGGUCUUCUUGAUUGAAGCUGGAGGUGAUAACCAUACUAGUAUUCUUCAACAACUGCCCCCACUGGCGAGAACUGCUGCCGAGACGCCAGGGCAUUCUUGGCAAUUCUUUGUGAACCACUACCAAGACUUUGAUCAAGCCCGUCGCGAUCCCAAGUACACUUAUAUUCAGACAAAUGGAUCCUACUAUGUUGGGCUUGACCCGCCCGAGGGAGCUAGGCCUGCGGGCUUGUACUAUCCUCGUGGUUCUACCUUGGGUGGCAGUGCGCAGGUUAACGCCAUGAAUUUCCUCUGGUCGCCCGACAACGAGUGGGAUUAUAUCGCCAGCCUCACGGGUGAUGACUCUUGGGGUCACGAGCACAUGCGUCGACACCUCCAGAAUGUUGAGAACUGCACUUAUGUGCCGGUUGGUACUUCUGGUCAUGGCUUCGAGGGCUACGUCGUUAACGAUCAGAGUGACGCUGCGCUCAGGCUUGGUGCUCCUAACGUGGCGAGUAUGUUUAGCCAGAUGUUUCGUGAGAUCGAAGGCAUUGAUGUCCAGGACCCUUCUGAGAUGUCUAAGCUUCUUCUCCGCGACGUGAAUGGGCCUGACCCUCGCCGCUAUGAGAAUGGCCUCAUGUACAACACGCCCGUUGCAAUUGACCCUGCCACUGCUGCUAGGAGUGGCGCUGGUAUUUACAUCAACCGGGUCAUCGAUGCUGGACACCCCUUGACUGUUAGCUUCCACUCUCUGGCAACGCGAGUCCUAACCAAGAAGCUGGGCAACAGGAAGCCUGUCGCAUACGGAGUCGAAUACAUGGUCGGCGAAGGCCUGUACUCUGCCGACGGACGCUACAACCCUGAACAGACAGGCGAGACUAAGAAGGUCCAUGCGAGGCGCGAGGUUAUUGUUUCCGGUGGCGCAUUCAACACGCCGCAGAUUCUCAUGCUGAGCGGUAUCGGCCCGCGCGAGGAGCUGGAGCGCUGGAACAUCCCCGUCGUUGUCGAUUUGCCUGCUGUCGGCUCUAACUUACACGACAACUACGAAGUUCCUGUGCAAUUCCGCGCCGAACAGGCAUGGUUUACGCCCACUGAAUCUGAGUGCUCAGGCACGUUUGAUGACCAAGAUCCUUGUUUCGUAGAGUGGCGAGACAACGCUGCUGGACCGUACGCAGCGCGCGACAGCAGCUACGGCGCGCUUUGGAAGAGCAGUCAGAGCUGGGAUAAGGACUCUGACAUCAUGUUCCUGAGUAGCCCUGGCUUGGCAGGAUUAGCAGGAUUCUACCCAGGCUACUCCAGAGGAGAGCUGGCCCGCAACGAUCCCUUUGAGUGGCUGCACGCCGUUGUUAAGAUGCAGACGAGCAACGCUGCCGGCACCGUGCGACUCAACUCAUCAGACCCUCGCAUUCGACCCAACAUCAACUUCAACUACUUUGCUGAAGCGACUGAGCGCGAUCUGGACGCCAUUGUUGAAAGCAUUGAGCUCCUCAAGCGCGCGUUUGACGGCACCGGCAUCCGCAACACGCUGAUCAACCCGGACCCGGAGAACUUGAGGCAGGGCAUCCAGGACUUGGCCUUCAGCCACCAUGCCUCGUCUACCUGCUCUAUGGGGUCCGACGCUGCUACAUCUUGCGUUGACUCGAGGUUCCGCGUGCGCGGCGUUGACAAACUGCGAGUUGUAGACGCGUCCGUCUUCCCUCGUAGUCCUGGAGGCAUGCCCAACGGUCCGACAUGGACUAUUUCCCGCAAAGCCUUCGAGACUCUUCUGGAAGACAACCAUCGAGCAUGA